UCUCCCUCCGGCAAGCCGAGGCGACGCCCGGCUGUGUCCCUGUCGCGGAAGCUGGCCUGUCCGCUAUGGUCGCGGGGAGCGCGCCGGGAUGGGCCGUGGGGGCCCUCGGAGUGGUCUGCCUGUUGCUCCGGUUGGAUUUCAUUAGCUGUGAUUCCCAAGUAAUAUAUGGAGCUGUGAACAAGAGUGUAACUUUAUACGCAUCAAGUUUUAAACCCUUUAAGGAGAUUGUGUGGAAAAGAGGAAAGGAUAAAGUUGUAGAAUGGGAUGACCAAUCUUCAGUCAGAGCUUUUCUAUCUUUUAAAGGUAGAGUUCACUUAGACACUGUGUCGGGUAACCUCACAAUCAAAAACUUAACACGAUCAGACGAAGAUGAGUACGGAAUUGAAUCCCCAAGUGUUAGAAAUAACAGCAAGUUCACCCUCAAAGUCAUCGAGCCUCUUCCAUCACCAGCACUGUCUUGCUCAUUGACUGAUGGGAACAUUACACUCCAGUGCAUGAUCCUGGAAGCUUACGACACCCAUCUAGAACUCAUACAGUACUCCUGGGACUGUCCCUCAACAAUACAGUGUCAGAGUGGCUCAAAACCAUCUGAAGCGUAUGUUACGAAGGAAGGUGAUCUUUCACAGGAAAUUCAGUGUAUCGUUAGCAAUCCAUUAUUCAGAAGGACAACAUCAAUCAUUUUGUCAACCUGUGUCCCAAGUGGUUUUCUGGGAUGGGGAGGCCCAUAGCAGAUAAACAUGGAGAACUAGCACCUGUUGUUUGGUAAUAGAAGAUGAAGUCAAACGCAUGCUAAUUAACGUUAUUUCAGUCACUUCGAGAAGGCAUCUGAUUUACCAUUUGAGUAUUACCUCAUCCUUGAGGAAACUUUGGAAGUCUAACCUGAAUGGACCCUUUAUAAGAAGCAAUGUUUCAGGACUUCCCUGGUGGCACACUGGUUAAUAAUCCACCUGCCAAUGCAGGGCACAUGGGUUCAAUCCCUGUUUCGCGAAGAUCCCACAUGCCGCAGAGCAGCUAAGCCUGUGCGCCACAGCUACUGAGCCGGCGCUCUAGAGCCUACGAGCCACAACUACUGAGCCUGCGUGCCACAACUACUGAAGCCUGCACGCCUGGAGUCCGUGCUCUGCAACAAGAGAAGCCACCGCAAUGAGAAGCCUGCGCAUUGCAACGGAGAGUAGUCCCCACUCACCACAACUAGAGAAAGCCCGUGCACAGCAAUGAAGACCCAACACAGCCAAAAAUAAAACAAAUAAAUAAAUAAAUUUAUAACAACAAAAAAUAAUGUUUCAUGGAAGAAACAAGGACUGACAAACAACAGGCAUUAGUUUCUACUCUGUCACCAACACUGAGUAUCACUAGUUACUAUCUUGUCCCAUAAUUGUUUCUUAUAAAUUGUAUUUUUGGAGAAAUGUAAAUCUUUGUAAAUAAUGUAAGUAUGUAUAUAUAUAUAUGUGACUAAGUGGCUCUUUUUUUCUUGUUAGGGUUGUAAAACAAAAUAGUCACAUGACUCGGGAGGUGAAGGUUUUUUACUAAAAUCUAUAAUCCACUCUUUGUUUUAGAGGAAAAACAGUUCAUUGCAGGAUCAGUAGCACAGUAGUUUAUCAUGUUAGCUGUCACAUUGGGAGGUGAACAGCAGAGAACUCUUAAACCAGCUAUACUCCAAUAAAAAUUAAUUUAAAAAAAGAAAAUUAAAAUUUUAAUUGUAUAUUUAGAGAAUUUGUUUCAGAAGCGUAAGUAUCAUUCAUUAAAAAGUACAUUUCUGUAGUACAAUGUGCAUUAUUUGUAAAUUAUGAGACUAUAAAUAACAAUUUCAUGUUCUUCCCAAAUG